AUGGCUUCCUUCUCCGGAUACAACCCCCAAUCCCACUCCCCCUCCCCCUCGGCGCCACCCAUGCCCAAUCCUCAAGCUCCCAGCUCGUCUCAGCCCCACUACAGUCAGCCUCCUCACUGGCAUGGAUCUUCAUAUGGGCAUUCCUCUUUUCCACCAGGGACACACCCAGAUGUCAUCAGAAGCUUUCAAAUGGUGGACAGGGACAGGAGUGGAUAUAUAGAUGAGAUUGAGCUCCAACAAGCUCUCUCUUCUGGGUAUCAGAGGUUUAGUCUCCGGACCAUUCGCUUGCUCAUGUUUCUCUUUAAGAAUCCCAGCUCUCCUUUGGGGAUUGGGCCUAAUGAGUUUGCUGCAUUAUGGAGUUGUCUCGGCCAAUGGCGAGCCAUAUUUGAAAGAUUUGAUAGAGAUAGAAGUGGGAAGAUUGACUCCAUGGAGCUAAAGGAUGCUCUCUACAGUCUUGGGUAUGCAGUCCCGCCUUCUGUUCUCCAGGUUCUGAUUUCCAAGUAUGAUGAUCGAAGUGGCCGGAGGGUUGAACUCAAUUUUGACAGUUUUGUUGAGUGUGGGAUGAUUGUGAAGGUAAGCCAACUAACUUCUGGGAAUCCUGAAUCUUUUUAUUUUCUACUUGACUUGUCCCUUUCCAAUAAUUUAAAUUGGUCAACCUACCCCAAAAAGAAGUUGGAAAAAAAAAUGAAAAACUUAUUAAUUUGACCCAAUUUUCCAUGUCAAAGAGGCAUAUGCGGCCAUCGCUAUAUAUAGUUCAUGAGAUAUAAGAACUCUUACGUCCUGUUUUUUUAUCAUUGCCUCUGAUCUCUAAAUUUGUCACUACAAUUCCAGGGUUUGACUGAAAAAUUCAAGGAGAAGGAUCCACGUUACACUGGUUCAGCAACACUCACCUACGAUGCAUUCUUGUCUAUGAUCAUUCCAUUUCUUGUAGCGUAGAAUCAAGUGGAUGUAAUACCUUCCAUUGUAAAGUUCUCAUUUGUAUCUUUUCAUUUGAUUAUUUGAUUGGCAUAAUAAUUUGCAAAACCUGUGAGUUGUUAAAUAGAUUGUUACUGUAUUUUGAGAUAUGUUUUUCUUCUUUGAAAGUUUUCUAGAAUCUGUUGUUAGUGUCUGUUAUGGCAAA